CGGUUCUUUGAAUUCUCUGGUUUCUCGUUCGCACGGCGGCGCGUCACUUCUCGUUUACCGAUUUUCGUGAGAGUGGAUUAGUGAAUUGUCAGGCGGUUCGAGUGCGGUCAAAUCGAAGUGAUACGUAGAUCUUCGAACGCUAAUUAAAUAUACGCAUAAAUGUCUGAAUCAGAUCUUCUAGCUGGUGACCAUAUUGAUGGUCUAGAUGGUCUUGAAAAUGGUCAAGAUGGAGAUACCAUUAUGCAGUGCGAUGGUAUGAAACGUGACUUAGGUGAAGCCAAUGUUGAUGAUCCUGAAUUAGAGGCAAUUAAAGCACGAGUCAGAGAAAUGGAAGAAGAAGCGGAAAAGUUGAAGCAACUUCAAUCCGAGGUAGAUAAACAAAUGAAUAUGGGCAGUCCACCUGGUAUUACAAGCCCAUUAAAUAUGUCAUUGGAAGACAAAAUGGAAGUUGAUAAUCGGUCCAUUUAUGUUGGCAAUGUUGACUAUGGCGCUACAGCGGAAGAAUUAGAACAACAUUUUCAUGGCUGUGGCAGUGUCAACAGAGUGACAAUUUUGUGUAAUAAAUUUGAUGGUCAUCCUAAAGGCUUUGCUUAUAUUGAAUUUGCCGAACGCGAUUCUGUACAAACCGCCAUGGCAAUGGAUGAAUCUAUGUUUAGAGGGCGUCAAAUUAAAGUAAUGCCUAAAAGAACAAAUAAACCUGGUUUUUCUAUGACAAAUAGGGGUCCCAGAGGUGCAAGAGGCUAUCGAGGUAUGGCUAGAGGAAUUAUUCGUGGUAGUGCAUACUUUGGAUACAGACCUACGAGACGACCUAGGAGUUACAGACGUGGUUAUUAUAUGCCAUAUUGACCAUUUUAAAAUAUGGCAACAUUAUUCUGCAAGUGUCAAG